GCCUGUCAGUGCUGAGAGCAAGCAGAGAAGCAUCACAUCAACUCAACACCACCAAUCCAAUCACCACCCGACCACGAUUGUCUCUUCCUUUUUCUGAUCUUCCUCCAUUCGAUUACUUGUACACAGCGGCCGCUACACGAGUUGGUCUUGUCCAGCAUCCACCGCUUCUCUCCUCGUCCUUUAAAACAAACCAUCCUCCCAAACCGCCAACAUGUCCAUGCGAAUCGUCCCCGCCUCCGGCGCCCCCUCCACCUUCAACCACACAAACCACUCCUCCUCCGCCCCCUCCGCCCCGGGCAUCCACGACACCCUCCGCCACGGCGUCGGCAUCUCCCCCUUCGACGCUGCCGCCAACAAGCCCGCGUCCUCCCACCCCCUCGAGGCCCGCCUCAAGAGCUGGGAGGCCACCCAGGAGGCCGUCCGCAUGGAGACGCUCAAGCGCACCUUUGGCAUCGCCGAGCCCAUCCGCCGCGGCAUGGAGCUCAAGAUUGUUCGUGACGGCGAGUGGCGGCCCAUGGCUCUCGGCGCAGGACUGCCCAGUGUUCACGAGGAUAUUUUGAAGGGCCGUGAGGACACCAUCACCUGGGAUGAUGUGUUUACAGGCAACGAGACGAGAGCCCUGCCUGGAUUCCAUGACGAGAUGGAGAAGAAGCUCAAGAUUAAUCACUAAGGGGGGAUGUGACCAGUAAUGAAGGAAAGAAUAACACGGAAAAAUCAAAGCACCCAUAUGUAUGCUGGUUAGACAGGGUCGUUUCCAGGACGAUACAGGAUUCUGCUUCCCGAUUACAUGAAAUAGAUUAACGAUAUAUAACCAAUAUGAAAGAGGAAAAAAAUAAUCAAAAAUAAUCCAAAACAAUAAUGAACGAAGAGAACAGGAGACUAUUGUCAUCAUCAUUUACACAGGGUUGUAUCUGCACAAUGAAUGAUUAUAUGAAUAUGUUCUGCAUUUCUAUCCUGCUAUAGCAACAAUCAUCCCCGUUUCCGAAGAUCAAGUCCACAAGUAUUAUGAAAAGAGCGUAUAAGAACCGAAAGCAGAGGUUGCAAUUGUACAAUGAAUCAAUGAUAUGAUGAUGCGCCGGUAAUGACUCCCUAAUUUUCCCAAUUCUUCCGCGUCUUGAUUUCCCAUCGCGCUGCUUCCCU